GAACGGUGGGUUGAGUCUCGAUCGAUCAUUAGCAUUUCUUCUUCGUUUUUGUCUUCGUGUUCUCCUACCCUUUUUCACCAUGAACUCUCUCCUCGUAAGCACGCAUGCUUCUUCAUUCCGUGCCUUCCCACACAAUUUCACAACAAAAAGUUCCACUCUUUUGCUCAGACUCAGACAACCCUCUAAAUUAAAGUCACCCUACUUCAUUGCAUGUUACUCUUCCCCUUCUUCUGGGUCUUCAUCAAAAGGAUCGAACCCUUCAGAUGAAGUGAUUCUUCAGAACGAGAGCUUUCAUACUGAAGUGGGAAGCCCCAAAGUUCCUUCAUUUAUUUCUCCUAUGUCCAAGUUUAGCUUGAGUGAUCAAGCUUUCUUUCUCCUCGCAUUCAUUGCCUGCACGACUUCGGUGGCAUUCACUAGCCUUGUUUUUGCUGCUGUUCCUACCCUAUUUGCAAUGAGAAAUGCUGCAACAUCACUUUCAAAGCUAGCAGAUACAGCUCGUGAGGAACUGCCGAGCACCAUGGCUGCUAUCAGGCUUUCGGGGAUGGAAAUAAGUGAUCUGACACUAGAACUAAGUGAUUUAAGCCAGGAAAUAGCAGAUGGAGUCAACAAGUCAGCUCAAGCUUUGCAAGCAGCAGAAGCUGGAAUCCGACAGAUUGGUUCAAUGGCACAACAACAAACCAUAUCCAUGAUUCAAGAGAGGGCAAGUUUGCCCAUAAUAUCUUUGCAACCUGUUGUUGCUGGAGCUGCAAGAAAGACUUCUAGAGCAGUUGGCCUAGCCACGAAGAGCUUAUUGAACAUCAUUUCUGGAAGGGAAGGCACCGCAGAAUAUGAUGACGACAGAACUAGCAUCUGAGAAAUCUCACAGUUCAAUUCAAACCAUUCAACUGUGUGCAUAUACCAUUAUUUGCUCACCACCCAAAUAUAGUGUAGGAGAAUACUGUAAAUUGAACCGAAAAUUAUGUCAAAAUUUGAAUAUUUUCUAUCAUAAUGUAUAGGGAUGACCUUAUUACGUGGCUUAAUACUCUCAGAAUUGUUACAUAGACGUCCAAUGUU